AGCAGCUUCUGCGGGCACACAAAGCGCGUAGUCGGCCUGAGCGUAUAAGACAGCGUAAAACCAAUAACCACGAGUGAGCCGGAAUAGAGAAUAUGGGUGAGAGCAGCGGCAGGUGCCGGUGAGUGACACAGCGAACCGACGUGCAGGGAGUAUGCGCAAACGGUCGCGGAGAGCGGAUAAUCAGAAAGAAACGACCCGUCUGCAGCUGUGAGGAAGGCAGCUCAUGGAGUUCUCGUGGUCUGGCCGGCAGCUCCCAUAUAGCCCCGAUAUGGAUGGCAUCGGACCGCUCUUCUACGUAGCGUUCGCCGUCCUCCUUGUAUCUGGAGUCGUCGGCAACAUGUCUGUGGUGCUCAUGGCUUGCUGUUACGGCCGUGUGCGGACGCCCGCCGGCCUCUAUGUUGUCAACGUAGCCGUCGCGGAUCUACUCAUCUGCGCCUUCGGUGUGUUACUUGACCCCGUGUCAGUGCUCCUGCGUCGCUGGCCCUUCGGCGUAGCGCUUUGCUACGCGUGCUCCUUUUCCGAGCACCUUGGAGUGUUUGUGCACGGCUACACGCUCGUUGUGGCCGCCGCUCGCUUCGUCGCCGGCACACCUCCCAAGCCGGGGUCUUGCCACCUGAACAACGUCGGCGUCUGGUUUCUGGGCGCAGUCAUUUGCUUGCCUCAUAUGCUGCUCAUCGAUUCUCGCGCGCUGGCUGUCCAUGGGCAGUGCGUCGUCAAGUGGCCGGGGACUGUCAAGAUGCUGGAGCCGUUCGUCUCCUUUGCCGCGCUUGCUGCAUUGCCAUUUCUGCUGGUCACAGUCUCGUACGCCUGGCUCCGAGCGUCCCUGUGGCUGGGCAGAGGCACGAGGCGUUCGUUUGUGCGGCGGGCGAGCAUAGUGCGUGUCUUUUGGCUCAUGUCACUACUGCUGCUGCUUUGUCGGACACCCCUGCACGUGACCCGGUGCCUGCUUGGCGUGUGGACAGCCAUGAGGGCCAGUACACACCUCACCGUAGUGGCACUUGCCACGCGAGCAAUCGCCGCCGCUGUCGUAUGCUUCACGGCAGCCUUCUUUUUCGAUCUUAGUGCCAAGCAACUUGCGAGAAGGGUGAGACAGGCACCCUCGGUUGUGGCAAACCACGCCUCAUGAGGAGGAGUGUACAGCACUGUCUGGCUAGAACGGCGACGUUACAGUAAUUUCCUAUCGCCGAGUGUUAUGAUCCAAGCACGUAUGUGAACUUUGAUUAACUAUUGCUUAUCGUAGACCUGUUUUGUAUUUUAUAAAGUGCUGCCAAGCUCUAAUUUAUGCACACUGUACUGCUGCGCUAUGUACGAAGUGUCAUUUGUGCAUGCGCAGGAACCCACAACACCGUUUCGCUGAGCCCCGCUAAAGGGCCCUAAUGUUCAGGAACGUUAAU